AUGUCUUUGGAAGGGAAAACUGCUCUAAUUACAGGUGGGACCAAGAAUCUCGGCAAACUAACUGCCAUCGAGCUCGCUUCCAAGCAUAAAGCUAACCUGUUUUUGCAUUACAAUUCAGUUCAAGGUGAUGAGCAGAAACUCGCGGAUGAGCUUUCAAGCAAGUACGGGGUAAAGGUGGAGCUCUACCAAGGCAACUUGGGGUCAGCACAGAAUGUAGCCAAGUUGUUCGAAACGGCCAAGGCCAAAUUCGGCUCUAUCGACGUUGCUAUCAAUAACGUGGGUAAGGUUUUGAAAAAACCCAUGGCCGAGGUCACCGAAAAAGAAUUUGACGAAAUGGAUCUCGUCAACAACAAAAUCGGGUUUUUCUUUAUUGCUCAAGCUACCAAGCACGUGAGCCCCGGUGGUAGUAUUAUAUCUUUGGUGACCUCGCUGUUGGCUGCUUAUACGCCAUUAUAUGCCGUGUAUCAGGGAACCAAGAGCGCUGUUGAAUAUUACACCAAGAGCGCAUCUAAAGAGCUUAUUGAAAAGCGAAUCUCUGUCAACUGCAUUGCUCCAGGCCCCAUGGACACACCCUUUUUCUACUCACAGGAACAGCCUGAGGCAGUAGAGUAUUACAAGUCCGCAGCAUUUGACAACAGAUUAACAAAAAUUGAAGACAUUGCGCCAAUUGUUUCAUUCUUGGUCUCGAGCGGCAACUGGAUGACGGGCCAAACGCUGUACGCUUCCGGUGGUAUGACAGCUCAUUAA